UUCAUUCAACGGUGCAUAGGAGAACAGAUCGCAAUGAGUUUAUCGGGCAAAGUUGUUAUUGUAACCGGCGCUAGUUCAGGCAUUGGUGCAGCGACAGCACUGGAAUUUGCCAAGCAUGGAGCUAAAGUGACUCUGGUUGGACGAAAUGAGGCAAAUUUGAAGGCGAGUGUAGCGUCUUGCAAAGCAGCCAACAGCAAAGCUGAUUUACUACCCAUCAUUGCUGACAUCACAGUGGAUGCGAAACGCAUCAUAAACGAAACCGUUGAGAAGUACGGUCAAUUGGAUGUGUUGGUUAAUAAUGCGGGUAUUUUCGAAGUGGGCAACAUACUGGACAUAGAUGUGGACCAAUUCGAUAGAAUUUUUAAUACCAAUUUGCGUGCCGUCUUUCUUCUAACUAAACUCGCUGCACCACACUUGAUCAAGACGCAAGGUAAUAUCGUGAAUGUGUCCAGUGUCACGGGACUGCGUGCCUUCCCUGGCCUAUCAACGUAUUGCGCAUCGAAAGCAGCACUUGAUCACUUCACCCGCUGCAUUGCCUUGGACUUGGCGCCGCAUAAAGUACGUGUCAAUGGAGUAGGCCCCGGGGUUAUUGUCACCGAUAUACAUGCGCGCAGAGGUCUAACACCUGAGGGUGUGGCCGAAUAUUUGGAGCUUUGCAAGCAGACACAUGCGCUGGGGCGGGUGGGUGAGCCCAAGGAGGUGGCAGACGCCAUCAUUUUCUUGGCCAGUGACAAUGCCAGUUUUAUUACGGGCGCAGUUAUACCCAUUGAUGGUGGUAAACAUGCCAUGUGUCCGCGGUAGUGUAUAAGUAUUUUUGAAAUGUAAUCAAUUAAUUACAAUUUUAAUAAAUAAAUAAAUUGGAAAAAAUCAUUGCAA